AUGAAUCCGACGCGUUUCUCCGUUCCAUUUCAAAUUUUAGGGGCGGGAAAAGGAACAAUUCUCCGCCCUCCGAUUUUUUUGCGUUAUCGACGGCUCCCCGUGGUUUUACUUGAUCCGGGCCGGUACCAAACUAACAAGCCUGUCAGACCUAUCAGUCCGGCCCCUGCAGCCCCACCGACGGCCCCUCCAUCCUUUUCUAACACCUUGCGCCUCCGGUUUCCGGCCCCUGCCGCCGAUGUCUUCUCCUUGUCGCCCGGCAUCCUCCAACGGCCUUGCUGCUCUUCGAUCGCCACUUCCCAACAGCCCCGCCUCCCCGGCCGCCACUACUCCCUGCGCCCGCCGCCUUCUACACCGCCGCCGCCACCUGCGGCCCCCACCUGCCUGCGGCCUCUGCCCUGGCCCCCGCCGCUCAGCUCCCGGCCGCUGCUCCUCUCCCCAGCCGCCACCCUGCAGCUCCUGGUCGUCGCUCAGUCCCUAGCCGCCGCUCAGCUCCCCAGCCCAUCGCCCACGCCCGAUCGCCGCGCUGCCCGACCCCAACCCGCUCCGCCCAACCACCAGGAAUGCUCUGCCCAGCCACCGGAGCACCGCUCCUUGGCCACCAGACUACCCACUGGCCACCAAACCCCUUUUUUGGCUCUUUCGGGGGGGAUUUGGUCUAAGGCUCCUAGUACAUACAAUCCUGUUGUUUUGAAAGGAAUGGAGCAUAAAAUAGGUGAAGCAAUAGUCAGGACUCUAUCUGAUACAUUUGCAUCAGAGGCAGCUACUGUAUCUAUGCAUGCUACACAUUUUUCUAAGUUAGUUGUGGAAGAACAAGAGAAGCAACAUGAACUUAAAGCUUUACAUGUAGCAUUAAUUGUUGAUCAUAAAAGGAUUUUUAUUGAAAAUGCUAAGUUGAAAAAUGACUUAGCUAUGCAGGAUUCAACAUCUGCAGUAGGUCCUAGGCUUGAGGAGCUGGAAAAAAUGAGAGAAGAAAUCCAAAAGACAAGAGAAGAGGCUGAAAAAUAA